AUGUCACUGGCUGCCAUGGAGACGGUGGGCAAGGUUAAGAUGACUGCAGAGGCAGAGAAAAUGGGAGGCGGGGCUCCGUGGGAGAAUGCCCUCCUCUUCUGGGUUAACCGGUUGAAUCAGAAGUUGAGAGAGAGCACUGAGGAUGAGGAGGUCCCAACAUGCACAGACCCACAGCCUGUUCAACCAACAUGUCCCACCCGCUGGUACUGGAAACUGGUCCCACAUGCCAUCGCUUUUUGUUUGAAGGAGGAGUCUGGGAAUAAACCUCCAGUGAUCCGUUAUAGGAAGGAUAAGGUUCUGUCUAAGCAGACUCCUACUUUUCCUCUGGUGUCUGGUGUAAGGGAUUUGUCUAAUGGCUGUGCUAUAGCUGCUGUUCUGCACUACUACUGUCCUGACCUGCUGCCACUGGAGGAUGUGUGUCUGAAGGACACCAUGUCAGUGGCAGACAGUCUGUAUAACCUGCAGCUGAUCAGAGAGAUCAGUGAGACCAGUCUACAGAGGUGCUGUCACCUGGAGCUGGAGGACCUGCUCUACGCCCCGCCCACACUACAC